UGUUAGACAGCGUCCGUUCUAUCGUUAGACCAGACGUCACGUUAGUAUGCUUGUUUUGGGACUGUAGAUAGCUAGCUAACUAGGUAUCUAAUAACAACAGUGCAUUUGAUAAACACUACAGCACCCAAAACGAAGAAUUCCAUAUGAGCACUGAAUCCUGAGCAGUAUUCACUUCGCUUAUAGAAGGAAUAUGUUUCUAUCGAAAGCAGUAGAGAACUGACUGGUUUGCUGGCCGGGUGACAUACUCGUUACCUAGGGCGUUUUCUGUCAAAGGGAUAAUGUCCCAUCAUUGAAGAUGGGAGGCAGUGGAUCCAAGGUGAAAGGUGCUUGGCCAUUUGCUGGUUCAGGAGCUGGAGGUGAUUCAGGCAGUGAGGGACAAGAAGACCAGGCUGUGGCCCGACUGAAAGGGACCAGAAAAGCAACUCCAUUUAUUUUCACAAGACGGAGUUCUCUUUACUAUGAUGAGGAUGGAGACUUGGCUCACGAAUUCUAUGAAGAGACUGUGGUGACAAAAAAUGGCCGUAAGAGAUCCAAGCUGAAGAGGAUUCAGAAGAACCUCAUACCUCAGGGAAUUGUGAAGCUAAACCACCCCCGGAUCCAUGUAGAUUUCCCUGUCAUCCUCUGUGAGGUGUGAAUCACACUGUACUGCUUUAACGUGAAAAAGACACAUCACUCAGUCUGCUCCACACUACAACUGCUCGAUCCUGAAAUGUUUCUCAGAAGAUUGACGGAGGACUGUCAACAUUUCAAAGCUGUGGACAGACCACGGAGCUAUGUUGCAGAAAGAAAGAAAGAAAGGGGAGGCAGAAUUUAUGUUUUUGUGAAAGAUAGAGGAUAGAAUUAAAGUUCUGCCUUCUAUGACAUAUGUAGAGAAGCGUCUGUUUGCAUAUAUGCAUUGUGUGUGAGUGUGAGUGUGUGUGUGUGUGUGUGUGUGUGUGAAAGGUAGCUCUAGGUAAGGCAACAUACAUUAUAUGAAGACCCACCGUGUAUAUGUUGACCUUGUUCAUGUUGUAAUAUUAUCUAAGUCUGCCUCUGUGAUUGGAGCCCAGACCUGCACUAGUGAACUUUUAAUGUGAAUUCAUUUAAAAAAUCUGUCUGAGUUGGAAAUACUUGAAUAAAAGAUUUACCAGGCUGAAACACUC